AAUCUGGUCCCACAAUUCAACAGGCAACAAAGGAAGAAAGGAAGAGGCCGUGAGCUACUAAGUGUUAGCCAACCUGGACAGACAGAUGUCACCGUAUUGUGUAACUCGGGUCGGAAAUGUAAACCCGCAUGUUUAGAGAAGAACCAACUCCUGCCAUAUACACGCGUUACACCUUCAUUAGGGUGCAGAGGUGGACUGGAGGGAAGGUAACGGGGAUGUUUUCGACAGCAAAUGUUAACGAAGCUAGCUGAUUGACUAAGCUAACAGUAGCCAAGCUAGCAUUAGCUAACAGUCGUGAAGCAGCGACCCUUUCAUAAACGUGUUGUUGUUCAACACAGAUGGUUAUUUUAGUAUGGUCAGACAAGCAGACUUGACUGGCAUCAAAUGAAAGGGGGUGGAAGUGGAACUUGACCCAUCCAACUGAGUCACCAUUUUCCUGCACAUAAUGGGUUUGAUGGCUCCACUGUAUGCAUGACUUGUUCCGUGCAGCCUGAUGGGAGGACACUGUGGAUAGUACUUUCAGCGGGAUACCAGGAGAGCCAACCCAUGCCCCCACUUUGGAGGGCCUGUCAGAAUGAAGAAGAUAAGCCUUAAGACCAUCCGCAAGUCCCUCAGCAUAAAGGGCAAAGAGGAGGGCGACUUUGUCAUGCUCCAGCAGCCCUCGGUGACUACAGAGUUUUCUAAGGAAGAGUCACUUUUUGGGGGCUGCUACACCAAAGAGCUUUCUGGCUGUGACCUUGGCGGCGAAGAGGACAAAAGCGGCCAGAAUAAGGGCCGCACAAAGAGUGAGAGCCUGAUGGGAUCUCUUAAGAGGAGACUGUCUGCCAAGCAGAAGGCGAAAGUGAAAGGCAGCUCCUCCGCCAUAGGCUCAGUGGAGGAUGAUGAAGACACCUUCUCAUCCUCUUCUGCGCCCAUCACCUUUAAUGAGGUGAAAGCCCAGAGACCCCUUAGAUCUGCAUCCCUACGGAGUCACCAUUAUAGCCCCUCACCAUGGCCCCUGCGGUCUGUAAACUCUGACGAGGCGUGUAUCAAGAUGGAGGUAAAAGUUAAAGCCAUGGUUCACUCUCCCAGCCCGAGUCCAAACUUAAAUGGUGUCCGGAAGGAAUUUCAUGAUUUUCAAAUGGAAGGGCUCUUUCAGGAACAAGCAGAAUCCUUAAAGAAUUUCAGCAGCCACAAAACUGGGGAGCUGCAUCUAAAUAUUGAUGAAAAUGACGUGCCUGUGGUGCUGGGGUUGACUCCCCAGGACUACAUCCAGUACACAAUGCCUUUAGAUGAGGGAAUGUACCCAGAAGGGUCCCACUCCUUCUGCCUGGACAGCUCCUCUCCUAUGGAGGUGGUGACUGAAGCAGAUGGUGCGUGCCUCCUCCACAUGGACCAGGGGCAGGAGGAGCAUGAACUGGUUAGUGGGAUGCUUCCGGAUCUCUUCAUGGAAACCUCAGUUAAUAGUCUUCUCAUCGGUUCUGCUGGUGUGAUGCUCCAAAGCUCCAGAGUAGAAGUCCCGCCUCCCCUCUCUCCACUCCUGCCGGCCAUGAUAAGUAAUGUACUUAUUCCACGGACUUUUUCGGGGUUCAGCUCUACAGACAGCCAGGUAGCUGCGAGGGUAAGACGCCACCUCAACUUUGACCCGAAUUCAGCCCCUGGGGUGAGUCGGGUGUAUGAGUCGGUCCAGACCAGCGGGCCAAUGGUCGUCACCAGCCUGACGGAGGAGCUGAAGAAGCUGGCAAGGCAGGGCUGGUACUGGGGCCCCAUCACACGCUGGGAGGCGGAGGAAAAGCUGGUCAACUUGGCUGAUGGCUCAUUCCUCGUCAGAGACAGCUCGGACGACAGGUACCUGCUCAGCCUGAGUUUCAGGUCACAGUACAAAACCCUCCACACCCGCAUCGAACACUCCAAUGGACGCUUCAGCUUCUAUGAGCAGCCCGAUGUGGAGGGACACACGUCCAUCGUUGACUUAAUCGAACACUCUAUCAGAGACUCGGAGAACGGAGCUUUUUGCUAUUCCAGGUCUCGCUUACCCGGGUCUGCAACCUACCCCGUCAGACUAACCAACCCAGUAUCUCGGUUUAUGCAAGUGCGCUCCCUGCAGUAUCUCUGUCGCUUUGUUAUUAGACAAUACACAAGGAUAGACCUGAUCCAGAAACUGCCCUUACCUAACAAGAUGAAAGAUUAUCUGCAGGAGAAGCACUACUGAGGACACAGAUAGGACAGUGGUAGCAAUUUGCACUUUUGUGUUCAGUUAAGAGAUUUAAACAAGGUUUACAGACGACCACAGUUUUGAGAUGAUGGGUUCUGGUGGCUCUUGAUUUGUGUCCCGGUGACUGUCAAUGUUUAGUCCUCCAUUCCACUGUUCUGGGUGUUUCCACGCCGGUUUUUGGAGGCUCUACUUCCAGAAACAUAAUCCAGCUCAUAAUCUAAUCCAAACAACAUAGAAGAGGCUACAGCCAAAUUGUCUUAGAUGCAUACACAAAGUGCAAACAUGCAUUGGGAUGUAUGGUGAAGUUACAUCCCGCUGUGCAAGUAGAGCAAAUAACACUUUUGCCAUCUGCAUUCAAGUUGAGCCUGUAGGAAAAAAUAUCAACUCUGAAUUGGAAAAUUCAUUUAAUUGUUAUCCAACAAAUUGUACAUUUGAAAGAUGAAAAGAUAUUGCUACAAUGAAGUUUUUAAAUCAAAUGUUAAGCCUUCUGCAGACUGACAUGUUUUUACCAUCUUUUGCUUUUUAUCACAUCUUUUUCAGCAUCAUCACACAGAAUAUAAUUCUGCAAUUAUUCUAACAGCAACAUAAAACAUAACAAGUGAACCUAUGAUUUUCAUGUUGACCAGAUUUUCACUGAUUUUUACAAAAAAAACGAUUUAUCCAGUGGAUGCACUCAGGUUUUAUCUGACUCAUAGCAUGUUACAGCUGACAUACUGUAAACACGUGUGCGUUAAUAUGCUUAGACUAGUGCAGGAUUUAUCAUUAGUUUUACAAACAUGGACAUUAAUAGACAUGGAUGCAUAUUGAUCAAACAGUUCUAACACUAACCACAUAUCAUUAAACACUUAUAUAAUCUUAUAAAUCAGAGUCACAAUAGUUUAACAGGUCCACAACAUUAACAACUUUUUGCAAAAGAUGUCUAUAAUGUGCCAGUCUGAGAAGGUUUAAACCGUUUGAUAAGAGAAGUAACUUUAAUUUGUGUGGCUGCGUGUAGCCAUUAUAUAAUGUGCGAGCCUAAAGGUACUGACGAUGCUGGAUUCUUAAUGUGCUGUUUGUAGAAACGGCAUCAAGUUGAUGUGAAAUAUGUUAACAUUUCAAAAGUGAAAUCUGUCUGCAUUAGAAAUGUUACAAAAACAGCACCGCAGCUCAGGCUGAACAACUUCGUCACUAUCUGUAAUGCUUGUGUCUGCAUGUAGGGUACUGCAAAGUUACUCUAAAUGAGAGCGGACGUCACGGUAAAAGAUGGAAAGAGCUUGGCUGUUGUUUUUAGUGCUACUCUGAGUAAAAGGCUGUUUAAUGCACAAUUGCAUUUACCUUAGGCAGGUUAUAAGUAAAGUAAAAUUGCCCUCCGUUAACUGAAAUUGACCUGAAUCUGUCUGUAGUGAUGGCUGUUUCUUAGUCUCUUAAUGUCAGUGAUAAGCUGGACCAAGAUCAGAAGAAUCCCAGAAAUGGUGUGAGCUUAGGUAAAAGGAUUUGGGAAAGUCAGGGUUAAGUCCUCCUCGCCAUCUUGGAAUGAUGCCAGGUGUUUCAGCAUACGGAGAGCUGCGUGGCAUCACCGGUGUCAUAUAGGACGUAUACAAGCAUACGAUUGUUGCCAUUGCUUAUUGACAUUGUCCCCACAGAGCUGCACUGCCCCACAGAUUGUCUCUACGUGGCUGUUUGUGCCACAGUAAAGGGAAGAGCACACACAGUAUGCGACGCAAGUGCUUUAUAUGGAUACUUUGACAGGGAAAUGUUUUCACAUAUGAAUGACAAACCUUUUUGGAAAAUGGUCUCUCGGACAACUUUGGUAGGUCAUUAGCGCAUAGUUCUGGUUUUAGUUAGCUGGAAAUGUCAGUGUCUGAGGAAGUUAACCAUGAACCUAGCACAGCAGAAAUUAGAUAGGAACUUCGAAUGGUGUUGCAUGUUUAAAGACAUUUUAAAGCUUUGAGUUGUUUAGGAAUGAAGGAUCUAGGUUGUGAGUUUGGCUGUGUAGAGGGAUGUUUUUCUGUCACAAACAUUGGCUGGACAUUCUGUGUACAAGAAAUUUAUUUUUAUUUUUAGAAUCCUGUGAGUUUAUUUUGUGACAUUUGCCAUCUGGGGGAUUGGGGCUGUACAAAAGGAAUGUACGCUUGUUUGAGGUUAUCUAUUUUAUCUGCCUGCAGACCCUUUUCAGAAAGCAUGAGAUUCAUAAAAAAACUACAUUUGUCACAUUUUUGCACUUGAAUAUUCUCCAUUGUCGAGCUUGGAUCCUCUCCUGCCUAGAGUUGUCCUUCAGAUGGCGUUAAAAAAAAAAAAAUUAAAGUCACACAUUUGUCCUUCUGUGUUCAUAUAAGUGUUUAGAUUAAAACGAGAUUGUUUUGUUUUUGUCAUAUCUGUGGGAUAUAAAGGGUAAGACACCAGCAUCAUAUCAAAGCCUCUGCUAAAGCUCCUGAGCUGUCAAAGGAAUGGGAUCAUGGCAACAACGUGGAUGUAAAUUUGACUCUUUAUUUUGGUCUGUGUUUGUGUUUCAGUUGAAAUGUGAAAGUAAAACGUUAGUCUUUUUUAAUACAAUGUUCUUUUAAUUGAAUUUCCAUUUUAAUUAGAAAUUUGUCAUCAGACUUUGACAAGCAGGAACCAGUUUGGUGUUGCUGCUGUGACUUUUCUAAAAUACUUAUCUAGUUUAUUAUUAAGCAUUAUUGCCUUCAAUGUUUGAUUCCAGAGGUUGAUGCUUGUUCCGACUGCUGAAGCAUUUUGAACUAAUAACAGCUGUUUAGCACUUAACAAGCACCAACGUUUUCUUUUGUGCAUCUCCGUGAGUGAAGGUGAUUGUUUACAACAUUGUUUGAAAAUGCCCCUCCCUUCCCUUUUCGUUUACCCUCCUCUCUCUCACACGAACAUCUUGGUACAAUUUGAAAUUUCAUUUUAAUGUGUUAUACACAUUUGUGCUGCUUAUGGAUAUGAUUGCCUUUCUUGUAUUUAACAACGGGGAACUAGAAUGUCACCAAUGUAGAUGUAUGUACACAUAAUGACUUUUGUUAUCAUCUUGGGAGAGCAAAGCAGAUUUGCAAUUUGUUAACUGUAGUCUGUUAAAAGCGCAUUAGUAGCGAUUAGCAAACCCUCUGUAGAAUUACCAGUUCACUCCAGUUUACAUUGGUUGUCAACUUUCCAAAGUAGAUGGUCUUUUUGUAUUUUUUUUUUUUUUUUUUGGAAAAAAUCAAGUGAUUUAUUGCACACUUUGGAUACAGUUCAAGAGUUUUUUGUAUCUGCCAAUUAUAAAUUAUAAAUAAAAAAACUAUAUUCUAAAAACA